GGAUCUCAGCUCAGGAGGAGGGACAUGGUCACAUCUGAAAAUAAGGCCAGCUCAUCGCUUACCGCAAGGGUUUGUCUCAGGGACCCCUGGCUGCCAGGCACCAUGACGGUGAGGGGGGCCGCACUGGCCCCGGAUCCAGCGUCGCCCACGACCAUGGCAGCGUCACCCAGUGUGUCUGUGAUCCCUGAGGGCAGCCCCACGGCCAUGGAGCAGCCCGUGUUCCUGAUGACAACCGCGGCGCAGGCCAUCUCCGGGUUCUUCGUCUGGACGGCCCUGCUCAUCACCUGCCACCAGAUCUACAUGCACCUGCGCUGCUACAGCUGCCCCAACGAGCAGCGCUACAUCGUCCGCAUCCUCUUCAUCGUGCCCAUCUACGCCUUCGACUCCUGGCUCAGCCUCCUCUUCUUCACCAACGACCAGUACUACGUGUACUUUGGCACUGUGCGGGACUGCUACGAGGCCAAGGGCCUCACCCUCACCCGCCCCUCCAGCCACACUGUCCUCUUCUCCAGUGGGGCCAUCGGGUGUUUCCCCAGUGUCUAG